UUAGUCUUUCAGAUGUGGAUUAGAUGAAAACACAAUUAGAUGGAUUCAGAAUUAAGAUGGUUGGCUGGGCAGAAUCAGAUUGUUUGGUUCACUGUCAACAUGGUAAGAGGUCAUCAAUGAAAUUCCCCAGGGAGCUAUCUGUGUUUAAUUAUACACCUGUGAAAAUCAUUUGACCUUUGUCUACCUCAGUUUUCUCUCCUAUAAAAUAGGGAUAAUAUAGCCAUUCGCUCCCAGGGUAGUUGGGAGGAAAAAAUAAUACUAUUGGCAAAGGGUUCUGUUUGAUCCCGGUAUGCAAAAGUCAGCUACGAUUGUAAUGAUAACAUAGGCCCAGGGCAUCACAUGUUCUUGUGUUUGGCCAGGGUCCAGUUCGGCUGAGAGACGGGGCUAGGUUGAGCUGUUCAGAACAAGUGCUCUCGGUAGUCGCUAUUCUUUUCCCUUCCUGCGUGUUGUUGGAAUUGGUUUGGAGACUCCCCCUAUUACUUUCAGUUAAUAUGGUUUACAGAUCGCAGCCCGGAGGAGGGCCGAGCCCACAAAGCACGGGGGACCGCUGGGCUCCCAAGAGGCCAGGCUGCUUGUGGGUGUCACAGGCGUGGUGCCUCGUGGCACGCGUACUCCUUUCCUCUGCAGCGCAGCCCAGCCCAGCAUGGCUGUCCCGCGUGGACUACUGAAAUCGGGAAAGGGCUGGUUACGAUUGCAUGCCGAGGCCGGACGGUCCGCAUCUCCGCCCUCCAAUACCCAAGGCCGCACCACAAGCUCCACAGGGAACCCCAGUCCAGGGUUCCGCGGCUCUACUAACUAGAUGGGCCCAGCAAGGUUAGGAGAGGCGAGGCGGGGCGGAGCUUAGGCCACCGAGUCUGUGCGACUGGGCUCGGCGUGGCUCCGUUCCGUGAGCCAGUGCGAUCCGCUCCGGGUUUCUACGCUUGCCUCCUCCCCCACCCGGCCCGGCCCGGCCCGGCCUUUCCUCUCUGUGUCUCUCUCCUUCCCUCCCUCCCUUCACUGCCUACCCCUCCCCCUCCCCUCCACCCGAGCCGCCGCCUGGGGCCGAUCCGCGCAGCUCCGAACAUGGCUGAAGUCGGGGAGGACACGGGCGCCCGGGCCCUGCUGGCACUGCGCUCGGCGCCCUGCAGCCCGGUGCUGUGCGCCGCGGCCGCUGCGGCCGCCGCUUUCCCCGCGGCGCCGGCGCCCUCGCUGCCGCCUCAGCCCCAGCCGCCUCCGCCGCCUCCGCCACCGCCGCCGCCGCCGGCGUCCGCCGCUCCCCCGGCGGCGCCCCAACAGCCGGCGCCCCCACCGCUGCCGCUGCCGCUGCCGCCGCCGCCGCCGCCUGCGGGCCUGGGGGGAGCCCCGGCCGGCCCGGUCACCGGGGGAGCGGCGGCGGCGGCGGCGGCGGCGGCCUCGGUGCGGCAGAGCCCCGGGCCGGCCCUGGCUCGGCUGGAGGGCCGCGAGUUCGAGUUCCUCAUGCGGCAGCCCGCCGUCACCAUCGGCCGCAACUCGUCGCAGGGCUCCGUGGACCUUAAUAUGGGUCACUCGAGUUUCAUCUCCCGCCGCCACCUGCAGCUCAGCUUCCAGGAGCCGCACUUCUACCUGCGCUGCCUCGGCAAGAACGGCGUCUUCGUGGACGGGGCCUUCCAGCGAAGGGGCGCCCCGGCCCUGCAGCUCCCCAAGCAAUGUACCUUUCGAUUUCCUAGUACGGUUAUAAAGAUACAGUUCACAUCUCUGUACCAUAAAGAAGAAGCUCCACCAUCUCCCCUUCGACCUCUUUACCCUCAAAUCUCCCCUCUGAAGAUCCACAUUCCGGAGCCGGAUCUCCGGACCCUAGUCAGUCCCAUUCCUUCUCCUACUGGCACUAUCAGUGUUCCCAACUCUUGCCCAGCCAGUCCUCGUGGUGCUGGAUCCUCAGGCUAUCGCUUCGUUCAGAAUGUCACCUCGGACCUGCAGCUGGCUGCAGAAUUUGCAGCAAAGGCAGCAUCAGAGCAACAGGCAGACACAUCUGGAGGGGACAGCCCGAAGGAUGAAUCAAAACCACCAUAUUCUUAUGCUCAGCUAAUAGUUCAGGCUAUAUCCUCAGCCCAAGACAGACAGUUAACACUAAGUGGGAUUUAUGCCCAUAUCACCAAGCAUUACCCUUACUACAGGACUGCUGACAAGGGCUGGCAGAAUUCUAUUCGACACAACCUCUCCUUGAACCGAUAUUUUAUUAAAGUCCCACGUUCUCAGGAGGAACCUGGAAAGGGCUCCUUUUGGCGAAUUGAUCCAGCAUCAGAAGCCAAACUAGUAGAACAGGCAUUCCGAAAACGGAGACAGAGAGGAGUAUCCUGUUUUCGAACCCCUUUUGGACCCUUAUCGUCAAGGAGUGCUCCGGCUUCACCUACUCAUCCGGGGCUAAUGUCCCCUCAUUCUAGUGGCCUACAGACUCCAGAGUGCCUGUCUCGGGAGGGUUCACCCAUUCCACAUGACCAUGAUUUUGGGUCAAAGUUAGCCUCUGUGCCAGAGUAUCGAUAUUCACAAAGUGCACCUGGUUCUCCUGUUAGUGCUCAGCCAGUGAUAAUGGCUGUUCCUCCUCGACCAUCUAAUCUUGUGGCCAAACCAGUUGCUUACAUGCCAGCUUCAAUAGUAACUUCACAGCAGCCUUCUGGUCAUGCAAUUCAUGUUGUGCAGCAAGCUCCCACUGUUACAAUGGUCAGAGUUGUGACCACAUCUGCUAAUUCAGCUAAUGGAUACAUACUUACCAGUCAGGGCACAGCAGGAAAUAGCCACGAAGCAGCAGGCACAGUUUUGGACUUGGGUGGUGAACCAAGAGCAUUGGAAGAUAAGCCUACAAUUGCAUUCGCGACAAUUCCAACAGCCAGUCGAGUCAUCCAGACAGUUGCCAGUCAGAUGGCUCAGGGAGUUCCAGGACAAACAGUUACAAUACUUCAGCCAGCAACACCAGUGACCAUUGGGCAACACCAGCUCCCAGUUAGGGCAGUGACACAAAAUGGAAAGCAUGCUGUUCCUACCAACAGCAUCUCUGGCACUUCUUAUGCCCUUACAAAUCCACUGCAACUUCUUGCAGCCCAGGCUAGCUCCUCCACUCCUGUGGUGGUUACACGGGUGUGUGAAGUGGGCCCUGAAGACUCAGCAACCUCCUCAGGGGAGCCAGAUGUCAAAAGACCUCGGUUGGAGGAACCCAGUGGAACUGUUGUGGCACAGGCAGGGGUUAUCACUUCUACAACCCCACAAGGGCAAGGAACCGGUGAAUGAAGUACCUGGGAAAGGAGCUGGAAUGUAGGUGGAGCAGAAGGCCCAUCAAGAAAAAUGGUAGAACAGAAGUGUAACUGCCUAAACAGCCACUUAUCUUAAUGUGAGAUAGGAAAGAAAGCUCCACAGCUCAUCAGAUCUUGAGGUGCCAAACAGAUUGGAAAAAGCUUGGGAAAAGCUUCCAUCUACCUGUACCUGGAAUUCAGUUCAGCCUUUACUUUUGUUUUUCUCUUCCAUACCUUUUAGUUAAAAAACAACAAAAAAAAAACAACAAAACAAAAAACCCACAUAAACAAAUACAGACAACUGAUUGUAUGACUGCUGGGAAUUUUUUUUUUUCAGCACCUCCUGUUUUUCCCCAGCCUUCAAGAUUGGGGAAGAGAUUGCAGUUCAGUAUCUCAAGGAAUGUAUCACAAAUAUCUGCUCCAUAAGAAGAAGGUUCCUUAUUUCUCCAAUGCCUUAAUGCUGCCUCUCAGAGUUUGACAUUGAUGUUCUUAAGGAAGCAGCCUUGACCAUCACAAGAAGACUGACACAGGUUAUCAUAGUGACAGCAUUAAAGUAGUAUGGUACCCAACAAACAAUCCUUUUAAAGAAAAAUAAUUGUAUUUAGAAUGAAUUCUUAUUUAUGUGUAGGAGGUUGAGAAGAGGCUGUUGGGGUGGGGACCAGGGGGUAGAACAACAGAAAUUGACCAAUUUGUUAUUUCAUAAAUGUCUUUUUUCAUAGAAAGGCAAAAGAGAAGGUAUUGAUAUUAGUAUUAUUUUUAACUGAUUUGGUUUUGACACCACAAUGUUUCUUGCUUUUUGUUCAGACUUGUACCAUCUGUUUUUAAGCUAAGCCUAUAUGCAUCGUGGACAAAAGUUGAGGGAAUGUCUUGCCCCCAUUUUUGUUUUUGUUUUUAGUUUUACAUGCAUGAUGCAUGCAUUAAUCACACCAUGGAGUUAAUCCACAGCUAUAACUGUUAAUGUCAUGUUAGGGGAAAUUUUGAUAGCUUCUUAUAUUAGAACAUGUAUUUGCCUCAGAACUGAUAGAAAGUCCUUUGGUUGGAAAAUUGGUGAAAAGCUGAUGAACUACAUUAUAACAAUAUAUACAGAUUUUAGUAUUUGGAGUGAACAUUAAUCAGAACUGAGUCUCUGUGCUGUCUUCACUGCAGUAGUAGUAAUGUUCUAUUAUAACUAGGUGUUCAUAGACAGAACUAUGUGGCUCACUUAAUGUGAAAGAAAAUAAAGCAGAGGUUUCUCAGAUGUUUCACAAAAAAUUGAAUUGUUCUCCCCAUGACCUAAUGUAAGACUUGAUAUUCUCAGCAUAGCUGGAUGCAGUUUUAUAAUCUUAAUCUUUUUUAUUUAAAUUUUACCCAUUUCCAAUUUUCUUUCACAACUUAUCAUUGCAGUUCAGAAAUAUUUCCUUUAUCUAAAAGACCAAAAUCUUUGGGGUCAAUUCAAGGUAAUGGAAACUACCUUCCCAAAUAAUGAGGUUGCUUACUGGUAUUCAUCUUCUCCCAGGAUUAAAUCACCCUGCCUGAAUUUGCUUUGUGGCUAAAAAGAAAGAAAGAAAGAAAAGUGCUUUCUAAAGAUGGAAAGCAAACAAAGUGCUUCAGUAUAAUAAAUUUAUCUUCCUUGGAAAAAUGUCUUCUAAACUUGUACAGUUGGCAGUUUCAGCCAUAUCAGGAAUGUUGAAAAGAGGUAGAAACAUAUGGAAUGUUAUCAUCUGUUCAGAUAUUAUCCAUUUGUUUUCCUGAGCAGUGUGCAUGAGAGAUGAAGGGAUGCUUCUGUCAGAAAAGUAUCUUAAUUUGCUAAAUAUUUUGAUGCUGUUUCUCCUAAUAGUUAUCAUUAGGAGUAUCAUUAGGAGAAAAAAAUGCUGUACACAAAACUGAAGUAUCAGGAAAUGUUUUUCUUUUUCUUUUUGGAGGGUAGUGGUGGAGGGAAACAAAAACCACCUUUCCCUUUUCCUCCAACCAAUUAGCUAUGUUAAGAUUUGGGUCAUCUCUAUAAGCCCUGUUAGAAAAAUUGCAAUAGUGUUCAAAACUUCCCCAUAAAAUAUGAGACAAAGGCAAGAAAAUUUCAUAGGAAUUAGGAACUAACCUAUAAUUUUCUUCUUUAAAACAAAAGAAUUAACUUUUUAAAAAAUAUAUUUAAAACAAUGGGCACUAAGUCCACUUUAGAAACUAACAAUUUGCAGUCAGAACCCAUUGAAAUUUAACCCAGAGAUGUAAGAGGAAGAUGACCUGUUGAGAGAGAUAGUAGGGAAAAACAGCUCUGCCACAAAUGCCCUUUACACUGUUGUGUUCUCUUCAGUCAGGAUCAGAGGGAACUGGCUCCUCUUAAAAAAAAAUUACUGAGCCCUUCAUGAAAUGCUCAGUUUUGCCCAAUAAAGGAAAAAAAGAAAAAUGUA